AUGGAACACAAAGAUGUGGAGAACUUUGUUUACUUAAUCCCAUCAGUUUUGACAUGGAUAGUGAAUAUUAUAUUACGUUUGAUAAUGUUACCAUUUGGAAUAUUAUUUCUUAUCGGAUAUAUUGGAAGAUAUUGCUUCAAAAAGUCAGAACUACGUGAAAAAUUAUCUAAAAAACAACAACUGUUAAUGGAACGAAUGGAUAAUUUGAGACAACGUCUUUCAACACUGAAAACUAACUCUAAUAUCGAUCUGCUGUCAGUUACAAACAAUGAUUUGGAUACAAUUCAGGAGCAGUUGAUCGAAGGCAAAUUUACACCAGUUGACUUAUUACAUGCUUAUCAAAUGAAAGCUUUAAAAUUAUAUGACAUAGGAAAUUCAGGUGUAUGCGAAUUUAUAGAUGAAGCAGAGAAUUUAGCUAUUGAUCUUGUUGAAUCAAAUCAUUUGCCUAAAAGUAAACAAACGUUAGUCGGGAUUCCUGUCAGCAUAAAAGAAUUGUGUUUAACUAAGGGGUAUGAUACAACCUUUGGUUUAAUAAAGCGAUGUAAUCAACCUUCAAAGGAAGAUUGUUGCAUCGUGAAAGUACUCAAACAUGAAGGAGCUAUACCAUUCGUUCUGACAGCUACAUCUCAGACGGCUUUAUCUCUGAGUGGAAUAAAUCCUGUAUUCGGUGAUUUGUCCAAUCCUUUCUCAUCAAAACAUGAAACAGGUGGCAGUUCUAGUGGUGAAGGCGUUCUGUUAGCUCUUCAGGGUUCACCAGUUGGAAUUGGAACGGAUUUGGGUGGGAGUAUCCGUAUUCCCUCAGUAUUCUGUGGACUUGCAGGGCUAAAACCAACAUCAAAUCGUAUUAGCGGUCAAGGUUUAGCUACACUGGGAUAUAAAAAGUCAGUUUCAAUGCGAGUCUCUGUGGGUCCGAUGAGUAAGCGAGUAGAUGAUUUAGCUAAAGUUAUGCGGACACUUUUAACGUCAAAAAUGUUCCAGUUGGAUCCCUCGGUACCACCCUUGCUUUUUGAUGAUAUCGUUUAUGAGGGCAAAGACAAACCAAAAUUGUCCAUAGGAUAUUAUGAAACUUUAAAUGACCCACUUAUUAUAACUCCUGUUCCAAGUAUCCGUAGAGCAGUACGUGAAUCAGUUAACAUUUUAAAGCAGUGUGGUCACCGACUAGUACCUUUUAGUCCACCAAAACCAAAAUGGGCUUAUAAAUUAGCCAUGAAAGCGAUUUCAAUCGAUGGAAAGUAUCAUCUCCAAAAUGAGUUAUUUGGUGAACCACUGAACGAACAUACUAAACUACUUAGUUGGAUGUCACUAAUACCCCACUGUAUAAAAAUUUUAGCAGAUAAGCUCAUGAAAAUUCUUAUUGGUGAGCCAGCAGCAGUUGCAAGUUUCAGUGAUGGACCUCGAGGUGAAGCGGCUGUGUUAAACUUAAUUUCAGAUAUCGAACUAUACCGAAAUGAAUUUCAAAAGGCUAUGGAGGAAGCUGGUGAUUUAGAUGUGAUAAUCUGUCCAGUGUUACCAUUUCCAGCUUUUCCUAAAUCAGCUAAAUCUCUUUUCGUUACACCGGGCAUUGCUUACACAGUUUUAUAUAACUUGUUGGAUUAUCCCGCUGGUACAGUUUCCACGGAUAUCGUAAAUAAGCAAGAUGUGGAAGAAUCAAAAGUUAUGGCUGAACAGUAUAAGAGGUCUGGUGAUCGUUAUCAUAACCAGGUACUUAGCCAUCAAGAAGAAAGCGAAGGAUUACCAAUUGGUGUUCAGGUUGUAGCUAAACCUUGGAAAGAAGAACUCGUCCUCCGUGUUAUGAAAGAACUGGAAACACACCGCAUACAUAGUGUAUAA